UCUAAACUUCUCCGUGACGUGUUAGUCCGUCAAUGGCGGAUGUUGUCAAAACACAUGUUGUCCGAACCUUAGCGAUACUACGGAGGCCAGAUGCCCUCUUUCGUGGAAUGGCACGUCACCCUGAGAUAUGCUGCUUGCUGCUCACAUUUUUUGUUACACUAGUAGCAAAAUAUGGAAGCAGCCUCCAAGGGAAGCCGGUCACGAUGCCUCCCAAGCAGCCACAGUUCAUGUUUCCCCCAACGGCCAUGGUCGCAGAUUCUCCGAGGGGUUCCUUAGUUCCCCUUAUUCAACUGUUGAGCCGAGAUGAACUUGUGGUGGUCAUGUAUUACGCUCCUUGGUGCUCCAAGUCCCAGCGUGCAAGAGAGGAGUUUUUGAAAGCUGCCAACUUUUUGAGGAGCAAGGUUUCAUUUGCUGCUGUGAAUUGCUGGUGGCCGGAGGGUGACUGCCGCAAAAGGUACAAGUUUCUCAUGUUUCCUGUGGUUAUGGUAUACCACACAAAGCUGGAUGGUUAUAGGUACUCAGGAGUGAUGAGGUCAGAGCAUCUGAUCAGGUUUGUGGAGAAUCUUUUGUACCCUGUGACCUUGGUGCACUCAUUGCCGCAGUCAGAGGAAAUGGUCGCUAAACAUGAGAAUGUCGUCCUUGGGUUUUUUAAUCUGUCAUCACAUUCUCAAGAGAACAGCUACAGACAAUUUUACUAUGCUGCUAUGAGAACUAUUGAGAGAGACCCCAUCCAACCUGUCCGGUUUGCCGUGAUGACUCAAGCUAAGUUGGCCUCCGGUGUGAACUUGUUCCGAGAGGAAGACAUUAUCCUGCUCCGGUUAUUCAAUAACUCUUUGGUUUACCCCCUGAGGAAUAACGUCACCAGCUCCAACCUUGUCACCUGGGCUCUCAGGAACAAAGGACAGCUGUCUGUGACACGGCUCUCUCCCGAGGGUCUCAAGAGCCGCGUGCUCGCCGAUCACUUGGUGCAAGGGCCGGCACUGAUUCUGUUCCAUGCGGAGAACCCAUUGUUUGAAGCCGAGCGUGAACUUCAUGUGCUGAAGACGGUUGCCCUCCACUUCCGCCAGUGCAUGCUGAGGCCGCGGUGGAGCGCCAUGUACUCCGCCUGGGCUCGCGUGCUGAGACAGGAUGCUGUCAGAUACCAACAGGUCGCGGCUACCUGUGAGAAGCUACGCCGGACCCACGCGGCGCGCGGCCAGGCAAGCAAGUGCUGCAUCUCUGCCAUCGCUCAGUCUUUGAAGCGUGGGAACAGAGUGUGCAGUGUAUGUUGCCAUGACGACAAGGUGUGCAGCCUGCUCCCGACAUUCCAGUCCACAUUUGCCAACUGCAGUCUUCCUUCUGAUUGUCAGCACGUUCUCCUGUCGUACGAGUGGUCUCACAAGUGCAGUAUAUGUUGUCGCGCUCGCGCGGACUGGACCAGUCAAAAUCCUUCAAGAGGACACCACCGUCUUGCUGAUGAUGGGACGAAAGCGUCCUUCGGUUUUCAAGAGUCAGGGUUUUCCCAUUUUUCCUCCCAUGAAGGUGAUCCGUCCUCCAAUCGUAGACCGACAGACAGGUAUAUACGGGACCAUCUAGAACGGCUUCCGCGUCGUUUGUGUGAACGUCUCAUUCUGGAGAAGCAGCAAAGUUUGGUCGACCACUUGACCGUUCAAAGUGGCGGAUUCCAACUUGGGACUUCUGGGACUUUUUCAGGAGCCAAACAGUUCUCGGAGAUUGGUUGUUCCAGCAAUAGGUCAUUAAGUUUCUACUCUAUUGACUCUCAGAAUCAUUGGAUGUUCUCUGAUCGCCUGUCUGUAAAUAUAUCAUGGCCUUACCAGACCUCGGCAACUGUUUUGUUUGAUAAACAAAAUGAAGAACAUUAUGCUAUGCAAGAAAACAUAACUAUUAGCAAUGCCAUGUCUUUCAUCCUCAAGUUUGAGAAAGGUCAGCUGGAGCGAGUACGUCAGAGCCACAGUUUCCCUCAGACUUAUUGCUCUGCGGAGGGCGGCAGAGCCUGUAUCAAGGAGCUAGACGCUCAUAGCUUCACCAGGGCUGUACAUCGCGAGGACAUGGACGUGGUGGUGUUGGUGUACGCCCACUGGUGCGGCUUCUGCCAGACGUUCAGCCACACCUUCCUGUCCCUGGCCCAGUACUUUGCCCCGUCUCGGCACAUUGAGUUUGCUCGUGUCAAUGGUGGCCUCAAUGACCUGCCGUGGCAGUACAACUUUGACUCUUACCCAAGUGUGAUAUUCUUCCCAGCCCGCAGAGAGCCUCUCGAGUUGAGAAUUGCUGGGAAAAAGAGGAAAGCUGACAGUGUGAUAUUCCCGGAAGACAAGGACAAAAGCCUGGUCAACCUGAUACGCUUCGUCCUGCGACACGCAACAUACGACACGCGCCUGCACCUGGCGGCUGACGUCUGCUCCAAGACUUGCAUCCAGAAAAAUAUCGUCCGUUCCCAGGCUCGUAUUCAGCAGCUGCGCCGUAAGUCGGCGAGGUUACAGCUGCAGCUUCACCAUGUGUCGGAGGCUACAGCUGGGAGCCGGGACACAGCUAGUGUUAGUGAGGGUGAGGUUGAUUUGAGGUAUUAUGCAAAUCUCAGUGCAGACUUUCUGAAAAGGAAGCUGAAAGACAUUCAGACCAAUAUAGAGGGUUUGAUCCGGCUCUUGUCAUAUUUGCAAAGCAACGAAGGGAGAGAACUUUCCAAGAGACAGCUGGCGUCGUUGUUCCCCGUACAGAGUGUGAAGUCUGGUUCUUGAGGUAGUGUAUGGAUGGUUGGCGGGUGCUCUGGUGUGGUUUGCUCCUUCUUUCCUGUCAAACAUCUAUCGUCCUGAUCUCC